UGCGUUUGACCAAUGACGUGGACGUAUUUAGGCUGGAAUACGCCGCUAGCGGAAAGGGGGCGUGGCUUUGGCUAACCUCCUUUGGAGAAAGAAAGACUCAACACAAAAACAGAAUAUCAAAAACAUUAAGGAAAUUAGCUCGCUGUCAAACUAAAACAAAUGUUUUAGGUCAAGUGAAGGCACGCUGAUAUGGAUGACACACUCUUCCAACUGAAGUUUACAGCAAAACAGCUCGAAAAACUUGCCAAAAAGGCAGAGAAAGAUUCCAAAUCUGAGCAAGCCAAAGUUAAAAAGGCUCUUCAGCAGAAGAAUGUGGAAGUUGCCAGAGUAUAUGCAGAGAAUGCCAUCCGUAAGAAGAACGAGGGCCUUAAUUGUCUGCGCAUGGCAUCCCGUGUUGAUGCUGUUGCCUCCAAGGUCCAGACUGCUGUCACUAUGAAAGCGGUCACAAAGAAUAUGACGCAGGUCACCAAGGCACUGGACAAAGCGCUGGGUUCCAUGGACCUGCAGAAGGUGUCUGCUGUUAUGGACAAGUUUGAGACGCAGGUCCAGAACCUGGAUGUUCACACCUCGGUGAUGGAGGACUCUAUGAGCUCGGCCACCACACUGACCACGCCCCAGGACCAGGUGGAUGACCUCAUUGUCCAGAUAGCAGAAGAGAGUGGUCUGGAGGUGAUGGACCAGCUCAGCCAGCUGCCUGCAGGAGCCACCUCAUUGGGAGAGAGUUCCUCACGCUCACAGCAGGAGAAGGAGGACCAGCUGUCUCGCAGGUUGGCUGCUUUGCGGAACUGAACAUAUCUCUCAACUAUUCGCUAGACAGAUGGAGGCUUGACAACCGCUUGGAAACAAACAGCUGGGAGCUGUGUGAUUCUAUCAAACUGUUCAUACCGUGAGGACCUAAUGAGACUAUUGAUUUCCAUCCUCACGUCUAUUUAUAUACACACUCACACUGUGGUGCUGAAAAUACCACCUGAGAAGGCAUGGGUCUCUCUCUUCCUCUCGCUCUUCCCCCUCUGUCCGGCUCUUUCUUUUUCUGUUGCACUUCUCUUUUUUUCCACCUUUCAUUUCCCUUUUCACAUAUCAGUCUUUCCAUCUCUCACUCAUUGUCUUAUAUUAAUUAGGGAUCCCUCAAAUCAAAAUAAAGUGUUAUUUGUCACAUGCUUCGUAAACAACAGGUGUAGACUAACAGUGAAAUGCUGACUUACGGGCCCUUCACAACAAUAUAGAGAGAAAAAUAUCCCCCUUGGUCAGUUGUACUUGUGAAUUUCAGUACAUUGUCACAUGACAUAUUUUUGGAUGUAUAUUUGAAUUGUCAGGGUUUUCCUGAGAACAUGAAGAGUUUAGCAAAAUGUCCAAAUAGUAUAUUGGAAAAAGGUGUUUUAAAACAGACACAUUUGUGUAAUAUAGGGAAGCUUGGACCCCCAAAAGUUAUUUAUCUGGAUUUUGCCUAUCAGAUAAGAUAGAAUGAAUAGAACGGACAAAUCAUUGACUUGAAUGGGGACUAUUAUUUAGAGUGCUCUGAUGUUUCCCAGUUUGCACUCUGUUCGGCACUAAACCACAGACAUCUCUUGACACACUGUAUUGACAACACUAACAAACAAAAUGAAGAAACACUAUUGUCUACUGAUUUUUCCCAACUCUUAAAAGAAAUAAUCCUCUGACAUAAUGUCAUUAUUUCUGUAUAGAGGGAGGACAAUUCUCAGUCAUAUUUUUUGUUUUCCUGAUUAUUUCUGUUAAAAUAGAUUGUUAAUUCAUGCCUAUGUUAUGUUGCUUUGAAUAUGUAUGCCUUAUUGGGAUGCAGGUAUAUGCAUCUUCUCCUCAGUGCCUGGAUGUAUCUAGUUAGACAUAGUGAUCCUAUGUAAGGUUUUAAUAUCGAGGUUUUGGGACUAUAAGGUUCUAUCUGCCAAAAGAAUAUUCUGAGGUGAUUGGCUUUAAAGUUCCGAACCCUCAUUGGUUUGAAAUGUGUUAGCAAUUUUUUAUCUUGUAUUCUUUUGAAUUUAACAACAUGAAUGGGGGUAUUUAGAGUACUAUAUAGGUAGAGAACAUUGAACCGAACAAGGCUAUGUCAAUUAAAACAUUUUGACAAGUGCAGAUAGAACCUUUAUAGUCCCGAACCCUUGAAUUAUGUUGCCAUAUAACACAGAUGUCCCCUUUCUGUCCACAUCACAUACAAACCAGAUAUUUGGCUUCUGUAGCGAAGACAUUUUGGGAAUACAUUCCUUUCUUUUAUUUUACAUGGGGAUGGUUAUUAAUACUCAAAGGUAUGCAAGUUUUGCAGUAUUUUGGUAUAUUUAGCCAUCUGAUAUGAACAUUUUGUCAUUUCAACACUCAGGAAAUGACAGCGGCAGAUGGCACCACGAGCAAACUGAUAUACUUCUGGCUUGUCCUAUGGUUGCAGCAUUUGUAACCAGGAAACCAUGUAACCACGACAUGAGUUCAACCAUGAGACUGUGGGUGCUGUUUCAACACAUCCUCAAAUGCAUGUUUUACUCUUUGCCAAAAUAAGCUCACAUACUGAGGAGUUCGUGCUGUUAAAAAAUGAUCUGUGAUGCUGUGAACAUUUCUCUGCAGUACUGCUUCACACAAUUAUUUUGCUUCCUUUUCUGUGUGGAGUGAUGGUCAUUAUUAUUAGCCUUUCAGAUUAUAUAACAUGCUUGCCGCCAGUAAAUAUUGUUUGUGUUAUGCAUUCAUCUGGUGUAAACAGGUCAUGUUGUAGGUAACUGUUGAUGUCAGAGAGACAGACUUCUUAUACUGUACAUGCCUACUGUACAGCUUCAAAGUAAACCUAAUUUCUCCCCGUGGUCAUGCUAAAACAAGGGUCUAAAUUGUCUACAGUACAAUGGCUUCAGAAAGUAUUCAUACCCCUUGACUUAUUCCACGCUUUGUUGUGUUACAGCCUGAAUCCACUCAGGAACAUUCAAUGUUGUCUUGGUAAGCAACUAAGGUGUAGAUUUGGCCUUGUAUUUUAAGUUAUUGUCCUGCUAAAAGGUGAAUUUGUCUCCCAGUGUCUGUUGGAAAGCAGACUGAACCCAAUUUUGCCUGUGCUUAGCUCUUCUGUUUAUUUUUAGUCCUUGCCAAUGACAAGCAUAGCCAUAACAUGAUGGAGCCACCACCAUGCUUAAAAAUAGGAAGAGUGGUACUCAGUGAUGUGUUGUAUUUGCCCCAAACAUAACACUUUUUAUUCAGGACAUAAAGUUAAUUUCUUUGCCACAUUUUUUUGCAGUUUUACAUUAGUGCCUUAUAGCAAACAGGAUGCAUGUUUUGGAAUAUUUGUAUUCUGUACAGGCUUCCUUUUCACUUUAUCAAUUAGGUUAGUAUUGUGGAAUAACUACAAUGUUGUUGAUCCAUCCUCAGUUUUCUCCUAUCACAGCCAUUAAACUCUAACUGUUUUAAAGUCACCAUUGGCCUCAUGGUGAAAUCCUUGAGUGGUUUCCUUCCUCUCCGGCAACUGAGUUAGGAAGGAUGCCUGUAUCUUUGUAGUGAUACACCAUGUAAAGUGUAAUUAAUAACUUCACCAUGCAAUAAGAUACAUUUUGAUGUCUGCUUAUUUUUAUGUUGACCCAUCCACCAAUAGGUGCCCUUCUUUGUGAGGCAUUUGAAAACUUCUCUGGUCUUUGAGGUUGAAUCUGUUUGAAAUGCAUUGCUCGACUCAGGGACAUUACCAAUAAUUAUGUGUGGAGUACAGAGAUGAGGUAGUCAUUCAAAAAUCAUGUUAAACAUUAUUAUUGCACACAGUGAGUCCAUGCAACUUCCUAUGUGACUUGUUAAGCACAUUUUUACCCCUGAACUUAUUUAGGCUUGCCAUAACAAAGGGUCUGAAUACUUAUUGACUCAAGACAUUUCAGAUUUUCAUUUCUAAUUAAAUUGUAAACAUUUCUAAAAACAUAAUUAUACUUUUGACAUUAUGGGGUAUUGUGUGUAGGUCAAUGACAAAUCAAAAUGUUAUCAAUUUUAAAUUCAGGCUGUAAAACAAUAACAUUUGGAAAAAGUAAAGGGUGUGAAUACUUUCUGAAGGCACUAGGUGUGGAUGGGUGUGGAUGGAAUCUUAACAAGGGCUUUUUUCCCUGUGUCUAUUGUGAGGUAUACUAUCUGCCCUGUGGCUCUUAACAACUGUCACUCUGCGAAAUGUCUGGAGAGCUCUCCAGUUCAGCAGGUUGUUGGCUUAAAUGCUUUCACAGAAGACCAGACCUCUCCCUUUUUUCUUGAAACCUCUGAGUCAUGAGUCAAAGUAGGCCACAUACUGCACAAUAGAUAACUGCACUCUUAUCAAUACAAUGAAAGUGGCUACACUCACUAUCUAUGAUCGAUUGAAUAGCUUUCUCAGAAAAAAUACUGACUGGACUCACUUAACCUAUUAAAACGUCAGGAAAGAAACUUCA